AUGUAUAUUCUGGCCAUUUUUUGCUUGAUUUCAGUAGUCCUAGCAGCGGACUACGCCACGUACCCAAAAGUUCCAAAAACUGCAAGCAUCAAUGGUUUUGCCGACCCGAUUUAUGACUUAGCCCCAGAGUGUAUGAAGUCCUGUUUGAAGUUCUCCACCAGCAAUACCCCAUGUCCAUACUGGGAUACCGGCUGUUUCUGUGUGAUGCCACAAUGGUCUGGGUUGGUGGGCCAAUGCAUUGCCCAAAACUGUAAAGGGGACGACGUUGCCAGUGCCACGUUCUUGGCCACUUCAUUGUGUUCGGUCGUUGGGGCCAACACAUGGAUGAUGCCAGCAUCCAUCUCCACCAUGCUCUCCAGCGCUGCUGGGGACGCCAAAGAAGUCACCACCAUCGAAGGUAAGACAGCCGUGUCAUGGGUCACUGCUCCAGGAAGCUCUGCUGCUGACUCAGACGCCAGCGAAACCGGCUCAGCCAGCUCCGCUGCCUCCUCAGGAUCCUCCGAAUCUGCAUCUGAAUCUGAAUCUGAAUCCGAGUCCGAAUCCUCUGGUUCAUCCUCAUCUGCCUCGUCCACAUCCUCACCAUCCUCAUCCUCCAACAUGGCUGUCUUGCAAACUGGGGGUGUCGGCACCAUCCUUCUUGGUGUCUUGAUGUAUUUAGUUGUAUAG